AUGGAGAACUCUAGUGACACCCUUGUCAAGGAACUUACAGGCACUUACUGCCCCCCGAUUGAUCCGGCACUCUUUCAAGCGAUUGUUUUGGACUUUGACCUGGCAAUUCCAGCUCAGGUUGAGCAAUUGCGGGAAACCCUAGAUGUGUUAAAGGUAUCUGCGGCUGAACAGGAAGACCUUCCAUUUGACCCUACGGGCACAACAAACCUUAGAAACUCCGACAGCUCAGGGUCGCCACAAACAGAGCCAUCUAGCGGCGGGCUACAGUCAGACCCCUCAAAUUGGCCUGAAUAUCUUGACUUGGAAACUGGCGAUUCUAGCAGUAGCAAUGGUUGCCGAAAGGCCGAAGACUCUCGGCGUGCGGAUAACUUUUUGCGCAUGGAAACAGCCGAAAAGGCCCAGAACUUAAUCGGCAUGUUCCCAAGUAUCACUCGCUUGGAGGCGGAGCGGAUCCUUGAAGAUUGUCACAAUAACCUCAGUCGUGCAAUGGACGUUCUCUUGAAUCUUGCCUUUAUCGAAGAGACACAAAUUGCAGGAGGUAUAUCUCAACAAACCCCUGAAGAGACCACAGAAGGCUUUGGUCACAUGGUCCCCAAGUCAAUCGAUGGGUUCCAGGCCAAAGAAAAUCAAAAUGGCAACAAAAAGCCCCACAAGAAGAAGAACAAGCAGCAGAAGCAGCGUCUAGUCGAGCUAUCUUCCCAGGCUACGCCUGGCCCCUUAACCAAUAAAUGGGAAAGCGGCAAGCGGGACAUUGAGUUCAUUUCCUCGCGAGCUUGCAGUUUGCAGAGGGAGAAGAUUGCCUCGACUUAUCAUGCAAACUCAAUGUCGCUCAGUGCAACCAUAAGAGACUUGGCACAUGUCCAUGCGCCCGAGGACACCCGUGAGAUCGAAGAUGACCCCGUACUUGUUACGCAAGUAGGGGAUCUCGUACACAAGUACCCCGGUGUCCAACCUACUACAUUGGCUGGCUUGAUACGUAUCACCAGCAAUGAUACCCAAAGCGCAGAGGAGUUGGCUGAGACUUUGUCCCGUCGACCCGCUGUGGGCUCGAUCUCAAAUAUCAUCACGUUCGUCUCAGCUCCACCUGUCCUCGAAGAGCACGACCAAAACACUACACCCAGCAAUCAGACAGAUGACUCCUCGGAUUUCAUGGACUUUGGUCAAGCGGCAGCGGCUGCUUCCUCCCACUUUGCAGCCCGUUCAACUGCCCUGGCCCAGGCAGCCCACUCAGCUCGUCGUGCUCGGUCGAAUCCCCUUUACGGUGGCGCAUCCGCCUAUUAUCGCGAGGUCGGAAAUGAGCAGCGUCAGCUAGCGAUGCGUCAUUUAGCAACUGCCUCCGACCGACUGGUGGCCAGACAGUCGACGAAUUGUGAUUUGGAUCUGCAUGGUGUGAACGUCGCCAAUGCAAUCAGAAUAUCCCGUCGGAGAGUUGAGGAAUGGUGGGAGGCCUUGGGUGAUCAAAAGUACAUCCGCGGCGGGGGACGGGACUCUCACGGUGGGUUCAAGAUUGUGUGCGGUGUUGGUAACCACUCCCAGGACCGUAAGUCUCAUCUCGGGCCUGCGGUGUGGAACAUGCUGCGAAAUGAGGGGUGGCGUGUGGAAUUGGAUCGGGGCUCCAUGUUGGUGGUUGGCAGGGAGAGACGUUAA